AUGAUUUAAAAUGUGAUCGACGUAGUCGAGUCUCAAACUACAUCCUAAUCACUAUUCUCAAAGCAGACUUAUUACACCAUUAAAGGCUCUGACAAAGAUGGAAACUUCGAAGUCCAUCGUCGAUUCAAGGAUUUCGUGGCUCUAAGGAAUCUUCUAGCUCAACAAUGGCCUGGAUGCUAUGUCCCAAGUUUGCCUGGCAAAAAGCUUUUUAAUGGAAAUGAUCCAAAGACCAUUCAUGAUAGAAAAAAAUUCUUGAAUGCUUUCUGUCAAAAGUUAAGUCUAUUACCUCAUCUAUUCCAAACAGAUGCAGUCUCCCAAGUGUUUUUAAGAUCCAAAGACGAUAAGAUCUAUACUAAAUUAGAAUCAAUCAAAUCCUAAUCUACCCAGGAUCUUCUUUAAAAAUACUAAACCACAUUUGCUGAUAUUCUAGAUACGGCCAUUGAUGCAAGCACACUUAAAGAGAUUGAUAAUUUUGCAGAUUAAGUCAGAAAUUAUAGUAUAAAAUUAAAAAGCAUAAAAAAGAUGAUUAAGGAUAGUGUAGAUUCAGGCAAGAAAUACAACAGCUGUCUAGAAGAAAUAAUCAAAACAAGACUAAUUAAUUUUGAAAACUCAUUUGUUACUCAAUUUAUCAAUAAAGAUGCCUCCUUGUUAAUCUUCAACAGAAUUAAGUAAGAAUUAGCUGACACUUACCAAGAGAAUUAAGUUUUCAGACUCAAUAACAUUGAAAUAUUGUUAGAUCUGAUUAGAUUAGAAUCUAAGGAUUGUAAAAUUGUAUUAAGGUAAAUUAGUGACAGAAUUAAUUUGGAAAAUAAAGUUAAGACUUUAGAAAACAAGAUUAUUGAAUUGGAGAAGGAAUUAGACAAAUUGAACUAAGGCAAAGUCUCAUUCAAAAAUUUGAUUAAAUAGAAGUCACCUGAGGAUGCUAAAAAAUAGGUUGAAUAGGAAAUAAGUGAAAGUGUUAAAGAAAUCAAAUUGUUAUAAGAUUUGAUUAUUUUGAUUAACAAAAUCCUUGCACUGAAAGAAAGAAACAGAUAUGAAAAUGAAAAGAAUACUUAAUUUAAAGAAAUUAUGGAGAUUUUAUAAUAGAUGGAAUUAGAUAGUAUCAAAUUAGAGUCUUCAUAUUGGGGAUUCAUUUUAAAUGAAACAAAUCAAUUAAUUGCUUAAACAUAGAAUUAAUCCCAAAUAGAGGAUUAAAUAAAUACAGAAUGA